CACUUUGUGACCUACUCUACCUUCAUUAUUGUCCGGCAUGAGGAGUAGGGUGUCUCAAAUUUAGACGCCACCAUAACCUCACCCUUACGCACCAAUUGCCGAAUUACUAUGAGCAACACCGGCCUUGUUGCAUGGGGCGUUCCCCGGCUGGCGGAGCUCCUUCCGUUGGACCAGGAAUCUCUCACCCAGAUCAUCGACUACGCCGCCAGCCUCUCCAAGGAAGAAGGAGCCGACCACCUCAAAAACCUCCUGGGCGACUCUCCGGCUGCGUUCGAAUUUAUCGCUGCCUUCAGCUCCCGCCGUUCAGCCCCGGCGCCGCAGCGCUCCGCCGCGUCCUCCCCAGCACCGACACUUGCCCCCGCCCCCUCCAGCGCAUCCUCUGCACCUCCCAGAAACACCAGCAGCAGCUCAGGCCGCAAAGGCAAGAAGUCAAAACCACCGCUUCAUAGCGCCGGGCCCGUGCGCCGGCCCGAGAACUUCGGCGACGUGACCGGCGGAUAUAGAAAGGAGGAUCAAAAUGAGGAUUACAUGCCUGUCUCGAUGUCAGGCCGGGGUCAACCGGAUGCGAAGCCGCCUCUUGGUCUACGAAAUCUACCGGUCACAUCUUCUCAAGGGUCAUCCGCUACCUCGUCGCGCAACCAGUCGCCCGCCCCUCCCCGGCCUAAAAGCACCACCAGCAGCAACAGCAACAACAACAAGGCCCCACCCUCAGCAGCGGGGCCCGUCAUCUCGGAUCUCCUGCCUAACGUGAAGUCGAAAGCGGCCAAGUCGACGGGGCGCGGCGGCGGCGGCGGCGGCGGCGGCGGCGGAAAUGCAGGCGGAGGCUCGUCCUCAUCGGCCAAGGGCGGCGGCGCUCUGACGACGACGAACAUCACCGACCUGACAGCCGCGAUCGCCGCACUGGAGGUCUCCACGAACCCGACGCUGGGCACGGGGGCCCGGAAAUGCACGUGCUACGCCAGCAUCCACCCGCUCUUCGACCCGGCGCCGAACUGUCUGAAUUGCGGGAAGAUCGUCUGCGCGCUGGAGGGGCUGCAGCCGUGCUCGUUCUGCGGGACGCCGCUGCUGUCGAGCGACGAGGUGCAGAGCAUGAUCCGGGAGCUGCGCGCGGAACGGGGCCAGGAGAAGAUGCGGGCCCAUAAUGAGGGCGUCCAACACCGGGAUGGGGGCCCGGGGCUGGGACCGGGCAUUACGCCGGGAAGUAGCAACAACAAUAGGCUGGAUGCGGCCCGCGCGCAUCGCGACAAGCUGCUGCAGUUCCAGGCGCAGAACGCCAAGCGCACGCGGGUGGUGGACGAGGCCGCGGACUUUGAAACCCCCAAUGUCGCGUCGACGCUGUGGAUGACCCCCGCGCAGCGGGCGCUGGCCCUCAAGAAGCAGCAGCGGAUUAUGCGGGAGAUGGAGGAGAAGGCCCGCCCGGAGUGGGAGAAGAAAAAGACCAUCAUGAGCUUGGAUAUCAAGGGUGGUCGAGUGACGCGGGUGUAUCAGUCUGCCGCGGAAGCGAGCGGGUCGUCGAAGGCCGCAGCAGCAGAGGAGGAGGAGGCGAAGGUGGAGGAUGGCGACGACAUUGCACAGCUGGGAGAUGAGGCCGAUCGUGGGAGCAGUGGUGGCGGCCACGCGUUUAGCAACAAUCCGCUGCUGGCGGCUGGCGGGCUGCUGCGGCCGGUGUGGAAAACCGCCGAUGGUAAGCAGCCCGAGACGGCGCGCAAGGAGCGCCAGCCAACAUGGCGGCGGGUGCAGGAUGACAACGAUGAUAACGAGCAAUGGAUUCUGGACGGCGGGGCGCAUGGGUAUACGUGAUUUAGUGGAGGCGGAGAGAUUCUGGCGUCACCGUGUAGUUCCUCCCUGGGCGCAGUGAGUGUGUUGGCCUGUACAUACGCAACGUUCCCCUCGCAUAGUAUCUUUUUAAGUGUAUCCUCGCUGGUAGUAUACA